AUGUGGAAGAAGGAAUCUGUAAAGAAGCCUUCCACUUGGAUCUGUAUCAUCGGUAUGGUACUUUUUACCAUAUUUGUUAUUGGAAGCUGGAAAAAUUACGUUGAUUCAGAUUAUCAGCUUUUUCACUGGCAUGUGCCACUUGCAACUGCCGUUCCAACUCAUAUGUUAUGUGUGUUAGUGCCAUAUCGUGAUCGUGAGGAAGAACUACAAAUAUUCGUUCCUCAUAUCUAUCGUUUCCUCAAUGAACAACGUGUUCUUCAUAAGAUAAUUGUUUUAAAUCAGACGGAUGCAUUAAGAUUUAAUCGAGCAUCGCUGAUUAAUGUUGGAUGGUAUGAAGCAGAUCGAGUAAAUUGGUGUGAUUAUUUGGUUAUGCAUGAUGUCGAUCUUUUACCUCUAAAUCCACAAUUAGAUUACUCAUAUCCAGGAAAAGGUAUUGUUCGACAUAUAUCUUCUCCGGAAUAUCAUCCGAAGUACAAUUAUACGAAGUUCGUUGGCGGUAUUUUGCUUUUGACAAUGUCCGAUUAUAAAACAGUGAACGGCAUGUCAAACAAGUACUGGGGAUGGGGUUUGGAAGAUGACGAAUUUUAUCUUCGUUUAAGGGAUGCAAAUUUGCUCUCAUCUUUGCAAAGGCCAGUGAAUUUAACAUCAAAUCGUUCCAAUACUUUUCGCCACAUACACGAUCCAAGACUGCGAAUGAGAGAUUUCAAGAUAUACGGAAAUCAAAAACAAAUGACUCGCAAAAGAGACCGCAUUAGUGGCCUGAAUUCUGUAAAAUAUCGUAUCACUGGACGAAAUUUACUCAAUUUUCAAAAGCGACCGGUGGUUUCUGUGCUCAAUAUUGAAUUAGAAUGUGACUUGAAAUGGACGGAUUACUGCAAAGCAUGAUAUAAAUAGUUCUUCUUAAGUUACAUUGUUUCUUUCUUCUAAUAGUACAAUUUCACCUUUCAUAUGAAUUUUGUUUCUAAGAAUCCCCACUUGCAGUUUGAGUACGAGUUGAAUGUAGUAAUAGUACUUUGUCAAAAUGCUAUGAUAAUGAAAAUUUAUCUAUCCCGAAAAAAUUUCAUUCAUUAUUUUAUUCAGCCAUUCUGUUGUUGUAAAAACCAUAAAGUGAAA